AUUAUGACGAGCAAAGGGAGGUUACUUGUGAAUGAUUCAUCAAUUGAGGAAGGAAACAAAAUGUUUAUUUUUUAUGUGUUAUUACCCAUUUUCUUUCUUUUUUCUAAUGGUUAUUGUGAGAGAACAAAAGAAAAGAUCUAUGUGGAGAUUAAGUCAGGUGGAAGAUCACCUUGUUUUAGAAGGCUAAAUGGGACUCAUCAGAUUGGAUGCACAUCUGAUCCGAAGGGGAAUGUCGGUGUUGUAUAUUAUGUGAAUAAUACACAGUCAGAUUUAGAUUGGCUUCUAAAUGAAGGUCCACAUAAACCAUAUGCUGUAUUACUGAAUCCGAAAGAUUUUCACAUGAAGACAGUAAAAAGAUUACUUGAUUCUGGUAAAGUGAAUGGUAUAAUGGUAAUACAGGUACCAGAUAAAGAACAUAAAUACCCUCCGGCCGAGGCAUUCUCUCCUGAUCAGUCCUGUCCUAACCAAGGCUAUGGUCUAUAUAGCGGGGAUGCUACUUACGGAGACUGUUCAAAGAAUCAGUGGAACUCUGUUGGAGAAGGAUUAAUGUUCCAGGACAUUGGUAUACCUAUAUUUGUCCUUAAAGAAGAGUCUGACGUUGAUUUUAUCAUAGAAAAAUGCUAUAAAAAGUUCAAUGCACCAUCUGUCAGCGGUGUAGCGAGAGAGUAUCCCCUAUGCGCAGUACAGUUGAAAGACCGUAUGGACGGAGCGAAGGACUCGGAAACUUGUACGCGUAGAACUAACCACCAGAUGAACCUCAAUCCUGACCGAUACUGUGAUCCUUUAGGCGAUCAGAAUGUGUAUGCCACAGUGAAAGACGUUACAAAAGAUAUGAGGAGAGAAGAAAAAUCGGUCAUUGUUGUUGCAGCUAGGAUGGAUUCUUUCUCCAUGUUUGAGGACAACUACCCAAGUGCAGACAACCAUGUGUCAGGUAUUGUGGCUCUGUUAGCCGUGUCUGAGGCUAUUGGAAAGGUCAAGGAUAAGAUUCGAGAUUCAAACACGACCAAAGAUGUUAUGUUUACGUUCUUUCAAGGGGAAGCAUUUGACUAUAUUGGAUCUGGAAGAAUGGUGUACGAUAUGGAACAUAAUGAGUUUCCUCCGUCUGAUAAUUUGCAAAAGAUAAACCUGAAGCAUAUCUCACAUUUUGUCGAGGUUAACCAGCUAGCCUAUAGAGAUGAUGGAAAAAUCUGGAUACACACUGAUCCCCUCUCACGGCCUAAAAUACCCGAGGUUGAAUAUAUGGUGACCGGAUUGAAGGACAUAGAUCCCUCAUUAAUUGAUGAGGUCGACAAAGAUCAGCCGCUACCCCCUGCCAGUGCUCAGUCGUUCCUGAAGAAAACACAACUUCCUACAGUUGUCAUUACUGACCAUAGAAAAGAAUACACAAACAAAUUUUACAACAGUCGGCUUGAUUUAGCGUCAAACAUCAAAGCAAGUUGUCCUGAUAAAACAAACCUUACUGAAUGUUAUGAUACAGUAUCUAAGCAAGCCAGUAACCUGACACCUGUGGCCAACCUACUGGCUAAAUUCCUGUAUACUCUGGCCACGGGAGAUAACUCUACAGACAAUGUGACAGUUGAUGUGAAUACUGUACAACAUUUAUUGUUUUGUUACCUGAUAUCUCCGAAUUGUGAGCUGUUUAAACAGAGUCUGGACAAGGGUAAAGCAGAUCAACUAGCUGAUGAACCAUACCAGUUUUAUGUUGGUGUCAACACACAGACCAACAACUACACUGCCUUGACCAAACAGAUGCUUUUAGUAUACCUAGGAGACCAUGUUGAAAAUGCUACCAAAGACACAUGCAAAGGUGGCGAGUGGGUACAAGGACCGUUGAAUGAAAAUGGAACCAGGACUAAUGGAUACUGUGUAAGAGGAAAUGCGAACUUGUCAAAGGCAGUAUCUAAAGCAUUUGAAAUAGACGACUAUGAUUUCAAGUCACGGCAGUAUUCAACAUGGGCAGAAAGCAGCUGGCAAUUCAAUGCAAUGAACGUUAGGGUUUUCUUAAUACCUAGCAAAAAAUUUGAGACUGUCACGUUGAGUGUCGGAGUAAUUAUGCUUCUUGUUUCCAUGGUGAUUGUAUAUUUCAUCAACAGCCGGGUGGAAGUACUGUUUGCUGGUGCCCGACGUGACUAUAGAACUAUAGACACGAACAACGAUAAUGGCAUGUUGUAGCAAUAACUUUUGAAAUGUUUGUUUAGCAUCUUUAUUUUGAUGAUAUUUUUUGGUGAUAUUGUUUGAAGUGACGUUUUUCAAACAUGAUUGUGAUAUUGUGUAAAAACUCGCACUAUUUCUACUUUGCUUAUUUUCACUAUAUAAGUUAAAGCCAUUUUUAACGUGAUACUGUCAAUUUUCACUUAUUUUAUGACGUAACAUAUGAUUAUAAUAAUGUUUUCUUAAGACGUAGCUGAAUUUUCUGAAUAUUCAAUUUUAUUUUUUCAAAGAUAAUGGACACUUUUACACAUUUUUGCCAUGUACUUUGAUUUUCUCAACAUUUUUAUUUUUGUAAAUGAUUGUGUGCCUAUUGCCAUAUAUUGGAAGUUUAAUUUUAUAUGCAUCGAUUGUGAAUAACUAGAAUAACUAGAUUUUUACUUAUAAUUGGUUACAAGUAAUAGAUUUGAUCUUUGAAUUGCUAUCAUUGAAUUUGCUUUAUAUUUUAGAUGAUAUUUUUACUUAUAAUUUGUUACAAUUAAUAAAUUUGAUCUUUGAAUUUGCUUUAUAUUCUAGAUGAUAUUUUUUUUCCUUUUUUUAUGGACAUUGUUUGUAAUUAUGUAUAAUAACAAUUUUUUGCAUGCCUUCUUUUGAAUUCAGUACAAAUCAAGUAUUUGAGUGUUAGAAUGGAGAGGUGGGGUGGGCUUUUUAGUGCUACCAAUUUUAGUAAUGCCUGUCUACACGUCUGCGCAGUCUAGUCACACUGUAAUAAUAAUAAAAAACAGACUGCUUUUGUUGGAUUAAUUUUAGCAUUUUGGUUUGGUUUAAAGAUAUACAAUGUAUUCAUUAAAGCUUGAUUGCGAAAACUUAUAUUAAUCACUUAUUGAGUCCGCUUCCUUGAACCAACCAGUACUAGUGUCAUAUGAAGAAACAUUGUAGUGACCCAAUUAGGGCUGGAACCCAUGAUCCCUGGGUUGAGAGGCAGACACCUUACCAUAAGGCUUCUGCUCCCCUUGAAAAUCAUUAUAGUAUUGAAGUUCCUUAAAUUUUUAUAGAGUUAAACAUUAAAUUAUGUUUACUGAAUUCAGUGAUUGAACUGUUAUGAACAGCCCUGUAUGCUGGACAUAUAGGCUAGUAUGUGUGAUGUGUACAUGUAUAUCUAUUUAAAUCCUGUAUUAUCAGCUAAGUGCAAUAACUGGUUAACUAUUUUUAGAAGGACUUAACCUGUUAUUGCACUAAGGUGACAGUUUGUACCCUGACAGUAGAAGAAAUGCUUGUGUAAAUUUUGAAAUAGUUAUGUUAAUUCAAGCACCAGUCGUAACUCACUCCCAGCUGUGGAAAUAGAGGGUGGAAGGAGAGGGGUGCAUAGGGGGCCAUUUUAUCAAGGAUCAAAUCCUUGGCCUAUUUGGGAUAGUCAUAUGUCAAAAUCUAUGAUCAAUAUUCUCCAAUAAUCCCCAUACAAGUUAGUGUAUUCCCUGAAAUUCUUGUCCGCAGCAUUGAGCAUAAGAAGUCAGAGGACAGACUGAAAGAGGAAAAUAUCACCUCCACUAUUCCAAGGAACUAGGAGGGAUAGGAGCUGCUGUUACCAUUGACUUGUGCAGUUUUUAUUGGUUGUUUUUUUUUGGGGGGGGAGGGGGGUGAAAUCUUGAUAGGAAGUUAAUAUCAAAUCAAGGUAUACUGACAUUUGUCACAUAUGAUAGUCCCACUUAUUCUACAUUCCACUAUCAUCUAUGGGUUGAAAGAAGUAAUGACAUGUUAAUUUGUUUCAUUAAUAUAAACUAAGUAUCAUGUACAUUUAUUUUAUUUAUCAUGUACUUUGUUAUGAACUUUGUAUUAUUGUACAUUUGUUUAUCAUGUUGUACAGAUUAACUAAGUUUCAUGCACAUUUGUUUAUCAUAUUGUACAGUGACCAUAGUUUCAUGUACAUUUGUUUAUCAUGCACAGAUGAACUAAGUUUCAUGUACAUUUGUUUAUCAUGUUGUACAGAUAAACUAAGUUUCUUGUACAUUUGUUUAUCGUGCUGUACAGAUGACCAUAGUUUCAUGUACAUGUGUUUAUCGUGCUGUACAGAUGACUAUAGUUUCAUGUACAUUUGUUUAUCAUGCUGUACAGAUAACUUUAGUUUCAUGUUCAUUUGUUUAUCAUGCUGUACAGAUGACCAUAGUCUCAUGUUCAUUUGUUGAUCAUGUUGAACAGUCUUAUUUCGUCAUAAUAUAUUUUAUGGGAAAGGUCGUGUACCCAUCAAUGCUUGUUUUGGUGAACUUAUUUCAAGCUCAAAAUAUAAAUGCAAUCUUUUGGACCUUUUUAAGUGCUGAUGCAUAAAAGUAAUAUAUGAACAAAGUGUGACAGCAUUGAACUUAUCAAAUUUGGGAGAACAUCUACUGGCAACUUGAAAAUUUAUGUACAAGAGGAUUGGACUAAAAUAGGAAUGUCCCAGAUUCAGUCCCUUAUUUUGCUAUGUAACAUGUAACUGUGCUAUAACAAUAUUACUGUUAAAAAGAUGUUAUAUAUUGAACAAAUAUGCUUAUGUUAUAUAUUGAAAAAAUAUGCUUAAUUGAUAAUGUUUUGCUUAAUUUUUAAUUUAAAAUAAAGUCAUAUAGGAUGGACUUAAAGGUGUAAAUACUUCUAUAAAAGUCAAAUAUUUACUGAGAAGUUUUUCUUUUUAUUUAAGAGUGAAAAACUUUAUAUCUGGUGAAGUAUGCUAUCACUCAGAUUAUUUUCACAUUUUUAGGUCAUUUCUGGAGUUUUAAAGGUGCAUAAAGCCUAAACGAGUAUUUCUUUCUUUCUGUACAAAGACCAAACACAUGCUUUGUAAGAAUGUAAUUAUAGAUUUAGAGUAUAGGAGAUGCUUGUCUCCUGAAGAAAAUUGCACUAGAUGUGAAAUUACUUGUUAUUAAGAUAGGGAAAUGUAAUCAAAGAGGUAUAGUGACUGCCAGUCUAAAGUCACUAAAUAAUCAAUAAAUCACUAUAAUUGUAAUUAUUGUAAAAAUGAAAAAGAAACAGAAAAUCACUAAGCUCUACGGCCAAUGAGUAAUUUUUUGUUAUCAAACUGUAACAAACCUCAAAGAAUAGAAAUGAAAUUAAAAGGUGGUUUUUUUUGUGUUUUUUUCCAGAAAUAAAAGUAAUACCAUUAUUUUAGGCCUAAUGGGCCUCUAAGCUGUACUGUAAUUAAGUAUCCAGUUUAUCUAAACAAUGUAAUAUAAUGUGUAUAUAAUUAAAUUUUGUAUUUAGUUUGUUAUUUUGUAUUGAGUUUUUUGUUAUUUAUACUUGCUGAUAAUUCAACAGGCUUGAAAAGUUUAAUGCAGAUAUUUUCUUUUUUUAUGGAGAUUUUUUUAUUAUUUAUUUUUUGAAUUUUGUUCCACAAUUAAACAGAAAAACAAACUUGAAAAAGUGCUAGGAAAUUGUCAUUAUUAUCAUUUAUUUGUCUGUUAAUAUGUCAUCUUUAGUUAAUCUUUGAAAGAUAGUGAUUUUUUCAUCUUUAUCAAAUAAAUCAGGUCAUUUGCCAUUAUAUUUGAUUUUGAUAAUUUUGCAAAGUGACCAUUGGGACCAAAAUGUUUUUAACUAUUUAGAUGUAGAAAUAUCCAUAUUUAUAUUGUAGCUCCACUAUUCAAAGAAAAGUGUGGCUAUCCUUUGAGCCCAUUUGUUGUAAAAAUAUCCAUAUUUUAAUUUUAGUCCUAUUCUUCAAAGAAAAGUGGGGCUAUACAACUUGCCCAUUUGUUGGUGUCUGAACACUGGCUAUAAGUUUUGUGAACAACUUUAAAUCUCAUUCAUGUAUUGUAUUCAUUUACUUAAACUUCUUUUGGAUAAUAAUUGCAAGUCACUGACCAAGACACAUAACUCUAGCUUAAAUUCUUUUUACUCAGUUGUUCCCCUUUUUGAACUUGGACAAUUCCUGUUUUAUCCAUGCACUGAACAAAGUUGUGUAAGAUUGUGUAAAUAGGAAGUUCAUGAGUUAAAAUUAACGUAAGUUGUUUGUGUUGUUGUGCAUAAACAAUACAAAGUAUAUCAAAAUUCUCUACUACAUGUAUUUAUGCAAAUAUUUGUCAAAGUUUGGAAAUUUGCCUUUUUAUUAAUUUUUUGUUUGGUGUCAAAUAUUUAAGUCAUUUACCAGUUUUAUUUGUGCUAUUGUAUUUAUAAUUUUUAGAGAUACUAUUAUUUUGUGUGUGUGUGGUUAUUGUAUACUUGGUAAAUAGAUAAUUUUUGUAUUUUUGUGCAUUGUGCCUUUUCUGGUAAAUAGACAUGUUUAGUGGAAAAUAUUUGACUAUUAUAAUAGCUGUAGUGAAAUAUUUCCAUGACCAUAAAUAAAGUUAGGAAGUGAGAAAGAAGAAAGUCUAGUGUUAAAUUGAUUUUUUAUGCCAAUAGUUCAAAUGCAAAAAAAAAGGUUUUCACUACUGUUGUUUUUUAUGUUUAUUUUGUGUGCAAAGAACAUUAAAAAUGCUCCAAUAAAUUAUAAAUAAUU